CUACACGCAUCAUUCGCGUCAUCUCUUUGCGUGAUAGUAGAAGUACCUGGUGAGCUCGUGAGCUGCAUUGUUGAACUCUCACCACUCCCUUCCAUAUCAUGCGUCCUUUCUCCCAAUCUCUCCUCCGUGCAUCAACAAGAGCUACCAACUUUACACCAGUCUCACGUCUCACACUUGCCACGAGACAGCUACGAACCCCAGCUUCACAAACCACCACAAGAGCUUUCACACAGACUACCAGAACCAUGUCUUCCGAAAACAAGGAUGUCGGACCUCUUAAGAUCGAAAGCACAAACAUUUCCACAGCUUCCGGCGUAGAACUCUCUUCCCAACAGCAAACACUCGUCGGCUCUGUCCUCGAUCUCUUCGCUGGAAGGCCCUCGUUGGCAAAGCUCCAGCUCUGGAAGGAUGAGGGAGAAUUCAUCGAUCCGUUGACCAUCGCCAAGGGAAGGAAACAAUUCGAACCGCAGUGGUACGGCCUUCAAUCCCUCUUCUCCGAAAUCGAACGUCUUCACCACCAAGUGACAUCCUCCGGCAACCCGAUCGAAUUAGACCUGAAAUCCCGCUACGUCGUCAAGGGAAUUGGAAAGGAACAAAUCAUCAACAGCAAGGUCAAGAUCUGGACUGAGGGGGAUAAGAUUGCGAAGGUGCACGAUGAGUGGGACGGAAAAUUGCCAGAAGGUGAUAUUGCGCAGGCCUUCCAGAGACUGAAUGCGAACUCGGUGCCUUUGAUGGUCAGUGUGCCGAAGAAUGCGGAGGAGGAUGCGAAGAGGGGAAAUUAGAGUGACGUAGAUUACUGUACCGUCAGAUGAAUGGAAU